AUGGACCCAUCAAAAGGAUUCGAAUAUGUUGCUGGAGAUUAUUAUCAGACAUCUGGAGUAGCUCCACCCACAAGCAACGGAGCUGGAUCUAACGUUUCCCCUUAUUUCCCCUACCAUGCUUAUCCGACGUCAUCAACGAAUGGAGCAACUGGUGGUUCUAUGUAUGGUACACCACAGCAAACGAGUGCCUAUGCAAUGUAUCCUCCUGGGCCAGGAAGCUCACCUGAAGAAGCUUUUCCCGAGCACACAACUACAAAAAUCGUGGAAGGAUGUGAGGCGAAGUACAACGUGAAAGGAAAGAAAAUGAGGAAACCACGGACAAUUUACAACUCAUCACAACUGCAAAUGCUUCAGAAAAAAUUCCAAAAAACACAAUAUCUGGCGCUUCCGGAUCGAGCAGCAUUGGCACAUGAAUUGGGAUUAUCACAAACUCAGAGAGCACAACCGAUCACUGAAUUCCAGGUGAAAAUCUGGUUCCAAAAUCGGCGUUCGAAGCAGAAGAAACAGAAGGGUGGAAGUUCGGAUCAUGCAUCAGAUGAAGAAGAUGAUGAUACGGAAGAGUCAAAGCCUGAAAGUCCACCGAUGGGAGAAUCGGUUAUGAUUCAGGAGAGCAGUGAGCCAAGAACACUUGUAUCUAGUUCAAUUAAAACUGAAAUGAAAGAGGAAUAUCCACCGAUGACACUCAACGAGCAAUAUGCUUCUCCUUACCUCUACGGAUCCGACUUUUCAACGAUUCUCCCACCGUCACAGGGUUUCCCCAACAAUGCGCUCUACAAUACGGCAGGCGCUUAUCCUAGCAUUGACUACACAAAUGGAGUAUACCAGAAUACUCUUUACAAGUAUGUCUGAGGAUAUAAUAUUUCCUUUUUCUUGACUGUCAGUUAAUUUAAAAAAUUCUUUUUUACAAGGCUCUUGUAGUACCUUGCUAAAAUAUGUUCACUUUUGAAUAAGCUGUCAGCCUAGAAAAUAUUGAUUUUCUCGAUGAUUUGUGUUUUUUUCUUUCCAAACUUUUCUAUGGUCUCAUGGUUUUUGAUAUAUAAAU